AGACAGUCAUGGAGGACGAUAUCACACCCAUGAACCCUCCCAAGUAUGACAAAAUUGAGGACAUGGCCAUGAUGACCCAUCUCAAUGAAGCCUCUGUGUUGUAUAACCUUGCAGAGCGUUAUUCAGCAUGGAGGAUCUAUACCUACUCUGGGCUGUUCUGUGCCACUGUAAACCCCUACAAGUGGCUCCCAGUGUACGACCAGUCGGUUGUCAAUGCCUACAGAGGCAAGAAGCGUAUGGAGGCUCCACCCCACAUCUUCUCUGUCUCUGACAACGCCUUCCAGAACAACUGGUUUGUAAAUUCAAAGUUUCAAAUCCCUAAUCUUAUCUAGUUUUCAUCAAUUCGAGGCAUACUCAUGCAAUGUUUGAUACAUUUGUUUAACAGAUAGAGAGAACCAGUCAGUCCUUAUCACGUAAAUUUGAUGCUGGAAACAUGAUAUAAAUAUAAUAGGCCUACAAUGAUUCCCUCGUUGGAAAACAUGUCAAAAUG